AUGGGUUGCUCUCCAUCCAAGGGUCAGCUUUUCGGUAUUUCCGGAAACCAUAAAGCUCUCGCAUUUGAACCACAAGAAAACAGCGAUGUGCCAGAAAAUCAAAGCCAAACCAAGACAGGUACUGAAGAGACUGCUGAUAACCAACAGGAAAAUCUGUCUGUUUUAGCUAACGGGGUCUGUGACACCACCACACAGGCUAUCAUUCAAACAGAAGAACCUGUGGUACCAUUGAGCAGUCAAGUUAAUCAAGGAGAGACCUCACCAGAUGAAAAUCUAGUGAGAAAGGCUGACAGAAAGAAGAAAAAUGCAGGAGGUAAAAGGACCAAGCAAAAACAAAAGCUGAAAAGACUGUCCUACAGCCAGUCAAAGGUUGAUCUCCCUGAGACCAUGGUGAAGGCCCACCAGGCAGCAUAUGCUUAUCUGAAUCCCAACAUCAGUAAAUAUGAGGCUCUCCUUGGGCUACUGGAUCAGGCAGCCCAAACACACCUCUCUUUGCAACCAAUGGUGGCUUUGGUAGUUAUGCGGUAUGAGGAAAUCAAUCAGGCCCUGGAGGAAAUGGCAAAUGAAGGUGAACAAAUGUUGGAGCAGCAUGGGAGCCAUAUGGCUUGGCCCACUGCUCUAGGUGACACUCCACUUAUCCCAGCCAAGCCCAGUUCAGGUGUGAGCUCAUCUGAACCACCUCCUGACUUGCUGCAGCAGAUGCUCCGACACUCCACAGAGAAAAUGAGGUUAGUGGGCGACUCUGUUAGAGGGUUGGGGGACUCAUCCUUAGAGGAAGCAGCUGACUAUUUUGCAUCACUUUCGAAACUGUUGGGAGAGAAACUAUCAUCAAAGCAGGCUGCAGAGAGGCGUCUGAAACAGAUACUGUUCCAUGUAGAGGCGGCUGCUCUGAGGAAACCUGGUCUAGAAGAUUCAGCUCUUCACAGUGAAGACAGUGGCAUUGGUGCAGACAAUGAGUGUCACAAUGGGUCAGAGCGACUCAGGCACCGUGAGAGUUAUAACAAAUCCGACCAGAGCCUCAGGAAAUCAAGCACUCCGAAUGGUGACUUAGUCAACAGUAAGUGCCAGAGGACUCCUCAUAGAGGAAAACAGCCCAAAAGGCCCAAAACCUCUGAUAAUACCACCAGACAAGGAAAAAUUAGGUAUAGGCAUCUGAGAGGGCUAAAGCGUGCACAGUCUGUAGAGUCUCUUUUCAUUAGAAUGGGGGAGUCAACCGUGGAAUUGGAGAGAAACCGGAGGGACCUGAACCUGAGACCUGAAUUGAAUGGCAAAGGUGCGGUCAGGGAAAAAAAAGAAGGAGGAAUGGUCCAGAGCAGCCUUGUCAGGGCAAGGCUAAGGAGGCAUUCAUCAGGAGGACAUAGUGCAACAAGAUACCAGGGUUUCCAGUAUGGUAGCAAGGGUCUUUUUAAGGCGACACCCCCAUCCAGUUGUCUUCCUUCUCUGAGACCAGAACCACCAGGACGAAAUGCUGUCAAAAGGCUCAUCAACACCUUCAGCAAAGGGAUAGAAGACAAAACUAAUCACAAGGAUGUUCAAGGGCCUAGGUGGCGUGGUCUUCCUGCUUUAGCCAAUGGUAAAACGUCUCUUAUCAAUGAUAGCAACAGCAGUAACAGCAACUGCAACGGUGAUCCAAACAUUCCUGAUAGACCUAAUGAUCUGGACAUGGAAAGCCUUCCACCCCCUCCCCCUGAAGUGUUGAUGGAUAACUCUUUCGAAAGCACAAGGAGGCCUUCCGGUGAUGAAAGAGGGAGAGUAGAAUUAAUGAGGGGACAAUCAUCUCAGCGACAGAAGACUGCUCUUUGCCAAAGGCUACGAGCCUCUGUACAGUCAGCAUCUGUAUUGCCCAAUCGACCCAGUGUUAGACAGGGUUCUCUGAGCACCACUGUCUGCCCAGUCAGGCAGGACGCUGUGGUGGAAUUCCAGACAGGAGAAGAUGUUACUCAGCAAGAUGAAGUGGACCCUAAGAGAGAUGAAGCAGCCUUACUUUAUCAACAGUCUCGGAAGAUCAUUCACCUGCGCCAUUUCCCUGAUUCACCAGCCAAGACAGCCCAGGCUCACCAAGGCAACAAUGCGUACUCAACAAUCAGACCAGAGGCCGAAAUGGCGAAAGGAGGUGGCGAACCCCAUGAUGGUGAACCAGCUGCAGCUGUAACGUGCCCACCAACCACACCACCUGUUUCAAGGGCUCGGUUACCCCCUUCUUCCCCUUCUGUGCACCACACAAUCCAAAGCUCAGCUGUUUUCAGAAGCCAGCCCACGCCUUCAUGCCCAGUUAGUCACUGGCGAGCACCCUCACCCCCUCCCUCUUCUAGCGUCCAAAGAUGGACUAGGGAAAAUGGUGAGGAGGAAAAUGGCAUCAUGCCCGUUUCACAGUCAUUCACUGAAGCUCGAUCUGUGUUCUCUCAAGCUUCCAAGUCAACUACUCAGACAUGGAUACCAUCUUGUACCUCCACGCUACCAAGACCAUGGGGGGAGUCCUCUAGAGGGAGACUGACAAGCACCCGUCUCCCCCAGACUUUCAAUAAACAAAACCUCUCCCACAGAGACCAGCAACAGCCAUCCUCUACCAACAUGUCUACACAAGACCAAAAGCCAAACAGUGAGCCCACCACUGGUAGCAGAGAAGGGAAAGACAGCGGUCCACCGAUGGAGGAGAAAGCAGGAGAAGGGCAAUACGAAGACAGCGUUGUGGAUUUCUCUGCAUCUAAAGAUGAGCAAUGCAACACAGAGCAAAGAAAUUCAGGCAUGUUAGAGGGUGAGGGGUAA